AACCUCGCUUGCUCGGCGUGCAGAAAAAUUUCGGUAUAAAUUUGCCCUACGGUCUCGGUCUGUAUAACAAAGACAUCUUCUUUCGUUUACUUUAGGCUUACUACAAUUCAGGGUAUCUAACAAUCAGGAAACAAUCAAAAGCUUGGUAUUCACCAAGUUCAUCUUAUCUGAAAUUAGUUGUACCAGAUAAUGUGCCAGCGAAGGUAAAACUAUUUAUUGUAUAACACUGUUAUAUCCACAGUAGGUAACAUUUAGAAGAAACCUAUUUCAGAGUGUGAAACAAAGUUGUCAAUUUUCCAAUGCCUGGGAAGUUGUGCAGGUAACCAGUGAACUUUAUUUAUUGUUGUUACAUGUGUAAGAAUUAAUUUUAGGUUGGACGUCAAGGAUCUGUAAACGUUUUGCUCACCGUUCAUCCUGAAAUGGUGGGGAAACAGAUAACAUUUCACCACAAGGUAUUGUUGGCCAUAUGCAACACUGAACAAUAACUUCAGUAUUCGGACAAAACAUUUUAGUAGAACGACCCGUAAGGAGCUAGAAAAAACGUUGAACUUUUCAUAUCCAUCCAAUCUCAAAGAACAAGUUCAUGCUAUCAUUUGCUUUCAUGAGGUUCUGCUCUAUUGAGGUUUUUAAAUUAAGUACUAUUUAAAACAUGAGCAGCAGUGUUUUAUCAGAUAUUAAUAAAUACGAGUCGUUGCCGAGAUCUUCUGAUAAAUCACGCACUGCGAAUUAUUGUUUUUAAAUGCUUCAAGAACAAUUGAUCUAGUAAGUUCAUUGGUGAAGUACUUGUGAAAAUACGUUGUGUAAGUUGAGAAAAUCAAAUUUAAAGUUUAUGUAAAUUAAUUAUAAGUAAUAUCACAUAUAAAGAUAAUACACGCUGAUGAUUUUUCUUUGCGUUUGACUUAUGAAUUAUUAACGAGUUUUAAGAAUAGAAAAAAGAUUCAAUGCUUGGAAUGAAGAAAUAAUAAACUCCCGCUAAACUCGAACUCUCACAUGUGAAAUGCAUACUCUAUGGUAGCUUAUUACAUACAGUAGAUGAGCAUAAUAUAAAAAUGUUCUAUCACUAAUGUGAUUUAAAAAAUAGGUAACUGUUGCUUGAUGUCAAAUUCGCUAACAUUCGCAUAUCUUCUUAUUGAGAUUCUCUGCAAAGGAAAUCUGAUAGCAUCUGGUGUAAUUGAGAAAACUCUGGAUAGGAUUAUUCGCACAGGUAGUAGGAAUAUUCGCCAAAAAGGAACUGUACACAAAUCCAUGUUUAAUUUUAACGUUACCCAAGCCAUGGUUCCGAACUGUAGAAUUCUGGUGUACUAUGUAAAGAUGGAUAAAGAAGUCGUUGGUGACAGUAUUACGUUUGACGUUGAAGACAAACUUGAAAAUCAGGUAACAAGUUUGGUCUACUUGCCUAUUAGAGCUUAAUUUAAUGCCAGUAAUCAUAUUUUUAACAGUCUAUAAGAUUUGUAUUAUUAUUUUAUUCUUCGAUGUUAAAUUAAAACAGUCAACAUCGACUAAACCUUGAGUCAGCAGUCUUGUUUCGACAGCCGUAAGUAUAGCGGGCAAAAGCGAUAAUAGUGGGAAAAAACGAUAUCGUGAAUGAUGACGACAACACUGUUGUCGCCUUGAUAAAGCCACAAGAAUAUAUGCGAUAAAUACUGUAUAUGUAUACACAAUUUUAGGUUUCUAUUGAUUUUGUCGAGAAAGUAAAAAAACCUGGUGAAAAAACGAAGAUCAUCAUAAAGGCAAAACCUGGAUCUCGGGUUGCAAUUUCUGCCCUGGACCAAAGUGUUUUGCUUUUGAAAGACGCUGAGGAAUUAACGAAAACAGAGGUGCGUGAUAAGAUGUCCAUUUGAGUUAUGCUUUUAAUGCUAUAAACCGCCCCGUGGAAUUUUGUGGUUUACACCAGUUUAACUAAAGAAUGUGCGCUAAUUAAAAGUCUUGUAACAUUGUAAGUAUUUCUAUAUAAAUCAUUAUGAUUAUACCUACACUUCAAAAAAUACGAAUGAAAAACUCUACAUUAAAAAUUUGCUACAGGAAGAAUGUCCAUGCAAGCAUAUGGAAUCUUUUGAUCAUGACUAUAUAUCGAAGAUACCCUGCUAAUCUCUAUAAAUAAAUCAUUGUCGGCGCAAGGAAGGGUAGACUUCUUAAAGUUACUGAAAUUUUCAAUAAAUUAUAUUGCCCAAGUUACGCGACAUGAAAACAACUGUUGAAUAAUGUCUUUUGAGCGUGAGAGAUUUAUAUCGAUAUCCCUCGAAAAUAUAGAAAAUUUAAAAUUAAAAAACCCUUUGUUUUCAUUUUAUUAUUAUUUCACAUGCGGGCGAAUAUCUUGGAUUGAGUUCUACCAAAUAUUUUUUCUAUUCAAAAUUUUCGUUUGAUUGUGCGAAGAGCAAGUUAGAACCGAUAAUGAAGACCAUUUGGGUUAAAUUUUGUGAUAUGGAUGAAUUCAAGUCCCUUGAAAAUAGUAAGUCUUGAAAAGUGAUUCUUCAGCGUUCGGCAUGGUAAUAUAUAUAUUUAUAUAUAUAUAUAUAUAUAUAUAUAUAUAUAUAUAUAUAUAUAUAUAUAUAUAUAUAUAUAUAUAUAUAUAUAUAUAUAUAGAUAUAUAUAUAGAUAUAUAUAUAUAUAGAUUACAAAAAUGUAUUUGGAAUCAUAUAUGAAUCAUGCAAAUGUGUAUUUAGAAUCAUAUAUGAGUAGAGUGCUCGUUAUACCGAAGUAUAGAGCUAAUAAAGAUAAAGAUAAAAUAAACCUGGUUUACUUCAUAAGAUUUAUUCACUACAAUCUUGUUUCGCAUGACAAGCUAUGCUUGCCACACUCUUAAAUGUUAUUGCAACUUAUUUCGUAUUUAUUUUAGGCGAUGAAAGUUCUAAAUAGGCAAGAUAUUGGUCCAAUACUCGUGCACCGUUAUAGGAGAAGGCGACUUUGCAGAAGGAUGGGAUGGAGAAGAAGAAUGCCUUUUACAGCAUUAGAUGUCUGGCAGACAUUUAACGUACGUAUGAAAACACUCGUUAUAUACCUUCAAGCCACACGAUCAGUUAUUGAAAUACUCUUUAAAAUGUGA